CACGCCCCCCGAGGCGCCUGACGCUGAACCGCAGCCCCUUCUCAUUUCCAGCCCCGCAGAUCUCCAUUUUCUUCUUUCACGAUAUUCAGGAGCACAGGACUAAACGUUUGGAAAAAUGAAUGAAGAAUACGACGUUAUCGUUCUGGGCACCGGACUGACGGAAUGCAUUUUAUCAGGCAUCAUGUCCGUGAAGGGGAAGAAGGUUCUGCACAUGGACCGCAAUGCCUACUACGGAGCUGAGAGUGCCUCCAUCACGCCUCUUGAAGAUCUCUACAAGCGCUUCAACCUUCCCGGCAAACCUCCUGAGUCAAUGGGAAAAGGCCGGGAUUGGAACGUGGACCUCAUCCCGAAAUUCCUCAUGGCCAAUGGUCAGCUGGUCCGCAUGCUGCUGAUCACACAAGUGACACGCUACCUGGACUUCAAAGUGAUUGAGGGCAGCUUUGUGUACAAAGGGGGCAAAAUCCAUAAAGUCCCCUCUACUGAGACCGAGGCCCUGGCAUCUAGUCUGAUGGGGCUGUUUGAGAAACGGCGCUUCAGAAAGUUCCUGAUGUUCAUCUCCAACUUUGACGAGAAUGACCCUAAAACCAUGGAGGACGUUGACCCCCAGAAGACAGUAAUGAGGGACAUAUUCAAAAAGUUCAGCCUGGGCCAGGAGGUCAUGGACUUCACUGGCCACUCCCUCGCCCUCUAUCGCACAGAUGAUUACCUGGAUAAACCUUGCAUUGAAACAAUAAACAGGAUAAAGCUCUACAGCGAGUCUCUGGCCAGAUAUGGCAAAAGCCCGUACCUCUACCCCCUGUACGGCCUGGGAGAGCUGCCACAAGGGUUUGCCAGGCUGAGUGCCAUCUAUGGUGGGACGUAUAUGUUGAACAAGCCCAUAGAGGAGAUCGUGGUGGAGAAUGGGAAGGUGGUGGGGGUCAAGUCUGAGGGAGAGAUCGCCAGGUGCAAGCAGCUGAUCUGUGAUCCCAGCUACGCUAUGGAUCGUGCCACCAAAGUGGGUCAGGUGAUCAGAGUCAUCUGCAUCUUGAGUCACCCCAUCGCCAACACCGGUGACAUCAACUCUUGCCAGAUCAUCAUCCCCCAGAAUCAGGUCAACAGGAAGCAUGACAUCUACGUUUGUAUGAUGUCCUUUGCUCACAACGUGGCAGCACAGGGAAAAUACGUCGCCAUCGCCAGCACCACGGUGGAGACAAACGACCCUGAGAAAGAGGUCAAACCGGCCCUAGACCUACUGGAGCCCAUCGAGCAGAAGUUUGUCAGCAUUAGUGACCAGUAUGCACCCACUGACAUGGGCACUGACAGCCAGGUUUUCAUCUCGCGUUCGUACGACGCCACAACUCACUUCGAGACCACCUGUGACGACAUCAAGGACAUCUACCGGAGGAUGACGGGCUCAGAAUUUGACUUUGCCGAGAUGGAGCGCAAGAAGCAGGACAUCUUCGGCGACGCAGAGUAGAAGGCAAAGCGUCCGCGACACUCCUGAUCAUCCAAGACAACGCUGCCGACAACUGAAAUCUUAAAAAUAGAAAAACCUACACAAAAAAUGUACACACCAGUGGGCUGGCUGAUUAUCCACGUAUAUGGUUUGCCCAUUGAGGAAGUUCAUGAUAUAUAGAGAGAUAUGACAUAGUAUUGUUGGAUAGGGUUCAGGGAGGGAGAUAUGCUUUUUCAAAUCACAUUCAAAUGGUUGUUGCACUAAACGCUGGUUAUGCCUCAUCCACAGUAAUACCCUACAUUCUUCUACUUCAUCAUGUUAAAAUGAUGCAUAGUCCAAAGAUGCCAAAUCAAACUAUAAUUCAUAAUCAGUACUAUCUUACAGAGUGGGUGUGUAUGGGGGGGCGGUUGUCUUUUUUUUUUUUUUUUCUUUUUCUUUGUCAUUGUGUAAAAGGCAUUGGGAAGAUAUAUAAUAUCUAUACAUUAGUUAUUUAGUCUGCAGGUAAUUUUUCAUGUCAGGGGGAGGGAGAAACGGCUUGGCUUAGUGCGUCAGAAUCGAAUCAUGUGUGUUCCUCACUUGGUGUAUUCAAGCCCAGCAAACAGCACACAGCCGCGUGAGGUGGCACCUCAGCCGAAGCCAGCUUAUAUUGUCAGAUGUUGUGAAAUUAAAGUGGUUGAAGUAUCUGUAUAA